AUGCGCCGGGCAAGGGGGGAGAUAAAUCUGGCAGACCUAGGGAUCGGGGACCUCCGCACCAAAAGGGCGGCAACCAGCGCCCUGGUGUUGGAGGUCUCCGGUCCGGAGGGUCAUGUGAAGGCCGACGCGCUGGCCGGAAGAAUGAGGACCCUCUUCGCCGAGGAGAAGGAAGUGCGCAUUGCGCGACCGGCGAAGAGGGUCGAAUUUCCGGUCCGUGACCUGAACGACGCGGUGACGACGGAGAAUGUCGUCACUGCUAUCGCGUCGUCUGGGGGCUGCAAGCCCGAGGACGUUAAGGUCGGGGCAAUCCGUUCCGGGGCCAACGGACUGGGCACCAUGUGGGUGCAGUGCCCGUUGGCCUCAGCCAGGAAAGUGUUGGAUGGUGGCCGCCUGCGUGUGGGGUGA